AUGUUUCAAACAGAAGCUCUUAUUGAUACAUCAAUUUUGCCAUCUGAUAUCAUGUUAUUACGUGACGUUAAAUUUUUUGAUUUUGUUCGAAAAGAAGCUGGUGAUGCUGCUGUUGAUCUUUUUGAAAUUCAAAGUAUCAAUUGUGUUAAAUCUUUGUUGAUGACAGCUGAUGUUUAUUGUAUUAUGAAUUUGAAAAGCAAAGCUUUAGAUUGUUUUAAAAAUAAACAUGGUUUUAUGCUUGAUGAUGAUACAUUCAUUAUAAAACCUGGUAUAAAAGGAAAUGUAGACUAUCUUAUCGAUUUAUUAAAACAAAAAUGUACUGAUGAUGCAAAGUUAACAAAAUCUUCAAAACGUAAAUAA